AUGGCUGCCUCCAAACGGCCAGAAGACGCCUGGACCGGCCUGCUUAUCAUUAUGGAAAUCAUUUCACACAUCACUGGAAGUUUUUCCGAACAUGAUGCAUUCGGUGGCGCUUCAGCCUGGUCGUUGGGUAAAGGCACACGCUGGGACGGGCGGCUUGUUGGUUCAUCACAAGGUGACCAGGUGAAGAGAUCGCCUCAGGGCCCCUCGACCUUGCUUCCCGCAGCCCCUCGAGGGUUGCUACUGCUCUAUUCUGACCUGGCACAGGCAAAUCCUCACACUUACUUUCACAAGGCAAGCCAGCCAUGCCGAUGUGGGAGGGCAACCGCGACCAGGACCGGCAAAACUUCCAAUAUGGGGCGGCAUUUUCCUUCUGCCGGCUUUUUGUCGCGAUGUCUGGGUCGUGCCAACCCGGGCAAUAUCGUACAGAAGGACAAGGUCAUCCCGGCUUCCCGCAACUUCCCACAGUCUGCAGCAGCCUAUCUUGGGUCCGGCUUCAAUGAUGUCAGGAGCGCCCUGAUUCGAUUCCUGGCUGCGGCCUGCCAGAAAGAUCAAAGCUAG